ACCUCCGAUACUGUCAGUAACACUCAAAGAGACGCUGAUUGGUUUGAUCGCACGUUCCCACACUUGCCACAGUUGACAGUGGGUGGGUGGGUGUGUUCAGUGCUGGUAUUUAAAACGGCAAAGACAAGAUUUCCUUCCCCACAGCUGCUUCGCAGUCAUGGACCUGAAAGUUGUGCUUGUUGUUGUCUGCCUGUACGCUUUGGCCAUCACCUUCACUGAAGGCAUCCCGAAAUGCUGCAUCAAAACAAAGAAGGACGUCUCCAGACGAACGAUGAUGAAGGUUUACAACUUUGAGAUGCAGAGCGCCAGCGGUGCCUGUGACAUCGCUGCACUGGUGCUGUACGUGAGAGACAGAAGGAACCCCGUGUGUGCUCAUCCCAAGCUGAAGACGACCAUGAUGCUGGUUUGGCAUCGGAUGAAGCACAACAGAAAUCAGAAAUCAGUCAACUGAGAUAAACGUCACUUCUCUGGUGGUGCUUUGUGUUUCCAAUUGGUGUUUAGUUUUUUCGUGGUUGAAAGACAACAACUCAUCUACUUCUCUAACUCUGUCAGGUGAACAGUAGCAUUGCUUUUACUUUAAAACUCCAGUUUAGCCCAGAUAUUAGAAAAACACGAACAUUUUGUCGAGUUUGAUGCAGUGUUUUAGUCAAAACUGUACGAUUCUGGUCAAACCAACUGUCUGAAACGUUGAUGUCGAGGCCUACAUAAUUACUAAUACUUUUACUUCAGUAUAAUUUGAUCAGGGUUUUUGUAUGCGUGGGUUAUUUUGUAAAGUGAUGUGGCUUUAUUUUUUUUACUUGUGGUAAUGAUGUGAAUAUACUUCCACUGUUGCAUUUAUACAAAAAAGCAAAAUCAAAAAAAUGAAUAAAAGAAUCUCUGUAAACUGUGA